UCACCAGGAAGUAGUCAGUCAGACAAGAUGGCCGCGUCCUUGAUAAACAUGUUAUAUAUUUGAAGUUCGAUUUGGAAGCAUGGACCACAAUGUGAACCGGCAUGUAAAUGAUUUUUGAGAAAGUAGCUACGAGUCGAGAUUAAUAUGGAGAGAAGAGAAUUCACAGCAUCGCUUGUGGCCGGGGGCUGUGCGGGGAUGUGUGUGGACCUCACCCUCUUCCCCCUGGACACCAUCAAGACCAGGCUGCAGAGCCAGCAGGGCUUCUACAGGGCUGGGGGCUUCCGUGGCAUCUAUGCAGGCGUCCCUUCAGCUGCGGUGGGGUCCUUCCCCAACGCCGCCGCCUUCUUUGUCACCUAUGAGUGCGUCAAGUCCCUGCUCGGCGUCUCCUCGGCCUCCUACAUGGCACCUGUCACUCACAUGGCCGCCGCCUCCUUGGGAGAAAUCGUGGCCUGCCUCAUCCGGGUGCCGACGGAAGUGGUGAAGCAGAGGACGCAAGCUGACCCGUCUUCCAGCUCGUACCGGGAGCUGGUGCGCACGCUGAGAGAGGAGGGCUUCCGAGGUCUGUACAGAGGCUACAGGAGCACCGUUCUUCGAGAGAUUCCAUUCUCACUGGUGCAGUUUCCAUUAUGGGAAUAUUUGAAGAGUCUUUGGUCAUUGAGGCAAGGUCACGUGCUGUAUUCUUGGCAGUCGGCUGUUUGUGGAGCUUUUGCAGGUGGAGUUGCCGCCUUUGUUACUACGCCUCUGGAUGUAGCAAAGACCAGAAUAAUGUUGGCAAAGGCAGGGACGAGGACAGCCAGCGGAAACAUCCCUCUUGUCCUGUGUGAGGUGUGGAAGACCCGCGGGCUCACAGGGCUUUUCGCCGGCAGUGUCCCUAGGAUGGCCUUCAUUAGCGUCGGGGGGUUCAUCUUCCUGGGGGCGUACGAGAAGGUGCGCAGCAUGAUGCUGUAGGAGCACGCGCUCUGGGACGGGACGGGACGGGGCGGGGCAGGACGGGAGCACGGGCCAGCAGGCGGAGCAAGACGAAGACCCUCCCCUCAUGAAGACCCCUUCCUGACCCAGUUUGAACUGGCCAUGAAAAGAGCUGAUGCAGGACACCUGGUGUCUGCAGUGCGCUCGCUCACUCGCUCGCUCGCUCCCCCUGAUCGCAUUACCCAGGGAUCUGCAUUCUUGGUCAACAGCGUGCGGCAUAUUGAGUUUAACAGUGUAAAUUCCAGUUAUUUAACAGCACAGAUUGCUUUCAGGGAGAGGGAAUUUUACAAUCCAGUCGUGCUCUCUAUGAAAUUUGUGGUUGCAGGUGUUUUUAAAUAAAAAGUCAAUAAGUCUA